AUGCCCUCGACGCGCAGAUCAGGUCGCGCGAGGACUUCCGCGGUAACCUACAACAGUGAUCCAUUCAAAGCUGCCGGGAUCAGUGAUGAUGAGUCUGAUGAAACCUUCGAGGAAAGGGUCAAACGGCUAAAACGGGAAUCCCCGUCGGAUGAAGACUUUGUCAGUGGGGAUGAAGAUAUGGCCGACGAUGGGGAUGACGACGGAAUGGAAUAUGGAACAGCCUCCGAAGGAGACGAAGAAAGAGCCGAUGAAGACCACGAUGAAGAAGCAGCUGAGGAUAGGUUCGCUGAUGAAAUGGAGAUCGAUACUCCUACGAAACAAUCCAAUAAAAGGACUAGGUUCAUGCGCGGACGGACAAAACAGCGCUUUUCCGACGGUACGAUGGAGCUGAUGCCACAUGAAACGCACUCCCGAGGUGUACUGGACCACAAUGUGCACAUAUCCAAAGUCAUGCAUCACAUCCUUGCGUUAGGGUCCGACCAAAGGGAUCUCAAAGCUGCUGUCUGGCAGCGGGACCGAUGGUUUCGAGGCAUUGACUCUUGCUUUCCCAGCCGAUACACCUUAGACCGGCUUGAGGAAGGGCUCGAUUACAAAUACGGACCAACUUAUGGUGUUGAUUCAGAGGACCUUCAAGCAGAGAAAACUUCCGGAUGGGACUGGUACUAUGACAAGGACAUCGGGGAACAGUUCCAGAAGAGACAACAAAUUCUAAAGCUCACGAAAAAUGACACGAACAAAUACUUCGCCAAACUUCCAAAAGGACAACACACAGUUCUCAUGGGACCGGCGGACGAACAAACAAAGAUCGAUCUGAAAUACUAUGACCCCUACAAUUACGGCCAACUCUGGGAGGGUGCUGAGAGCAGAGCAAGUGAUCAGCAAUCUAAGAACACUGCCCGUGAAGGAUGGCUCUUGAGCUUUGGCCGUAAAAUCAUGUGCACGGCCUGGGCACCGAAUCACGAUGGUGCAUCCCAAUACCUGGCAGUGGUCGUGCCAAUAACCGAGGCGCAAAAGAAAAAAUUCAACACUCCAGACCUCGAAUCCGCGACACAUUUUCAACCACGUCCUUCAUAUCCCUGCGCUAUACAGCUGUGGGAAUUCAAAGGCAAAAAGGCAGGCUCUUCAACCAUGUCUCUUGAUAUGGAAUCUAAACCGAUCAGACGGCUGGUUGUUUGCACUGAUUGGGGUGAUAUACGCCGCAUAUCUUGGUGCCCUGUGCCUCGAGAGAAGCGACCAGAGGAUGAGCAGGGGAACUCGGAGAACAUUGGACUCCUUGCUGGAGUCUGGGGAGAUGGGAAAGUGCGGGUGCUGGAUAUCAAGGUGCGCCGGGGAUCUCGGCAAGAGGAGCAUGUGAAAAUUACCUCACCAGCAUUUGAGGCACGGCCGCCAUCGGCGCUCUGCUCAUGUGUGACCUGGCUAUCUCCCAGUGACAUCGCAGUAGGAUGCUCCGACGGCUACGUAGCGAUUUGGAGUAUUCUACCCACGCCCAGUCCCGAUCCCCUUCCUUUCUUUUAUCAAGUGAUCCACCCAACCUGGGUGUUGAGUAUCGCCUCAGCCUACCCGGCCCAUCCGCAUCUUAUCAGCACGAUCGCAAUGGAUGGUGAAACUAAACUUUGGUCAAUGAUUGAUCCCUGGAGCGAAAACAGCUCAACGGUGCGUGUGCGAGUGGCUGUCAGCCAUAUCAGCUACUCGCCUGUUCUACAAGCCUUUUACUCUUUCGACGAGAACAACUUCAUGCGCAUGAUGCCCAUUCGCCGCUUUUUUGCAUCGACGUCGAUUGGCAAGCUUUCCAGCGGCGUGGCCAGUCUCGCACCCUGCAGCCCCUGGCACCCAUCUAUCCUUGUAGGUGGGACUGGAGGCGGGGUGAUGGCCACCAACCCGUUCCGCAAGCUCCUCUACAGCAAAGAACAACAAUGGCAACAUUAUUGGUUUACGCACGAGUGGGCACCCGGGCCGAGUCCAGAGAGCUCGGGCGCCAGUCGAUUCUUCGACGGCUACAUCGCGGAAAGUCAAGUGCUGGCUAAGAACCUGCCUGCGUCUGCCAGUGCGUCCAAACAACAUACCGGUCCCAGCAUUACCACCAUCCAUGAAGAGGGCACCCACGUCACCGCACUCGGGUGGAACCCCAAUCGCCCAUGUGCGGCCUGGGCUAGCGCCGCGAUGGGCUGUGGUCUGUUGCGGGUUGAGGAUCUGGCCAUCUGA